GAUUGACAUCACGGCUUCAACUUUCUAAGAAAGCAGAAAGUCUCUUUUGCAUUCUCCGUUUACUGUGUUGUUGAAAGACUGUAACCAGGAGAGCAACCCAAUGGCAACGCAACCCAGUGAAAGACAAGGAAGUUCGGAACAUGCAGAACCACCAGCAGAAAAAUCAGUAUAACAAGGAUUUUGUGCUCACUCUUUCUCUUACAUAUAUUGAAGAUGUUCGUGUAAACGUUGGAUCAGCUCCUUCUCAAUCUGAAGGUACUCCAGGAGUAUCGGAAAAUGUAGUCAAUGGAGACCAUUACCGACCAUUGUUGCAAGCUGCUUUCACGGGUGAUUGGGAAUCUGCUGAGAAAAUUUUUCUACGACAUCCUAGUUCAAAGCUAGCCAAUAUAACGAGCAGAUCCGAAACAGCGCUUCACAUAGCGGCUUUGAAUGCACAAGACCAAUUUGUUGAGAACCUGAUUGAGCUCUUGUCUCAAUCUCUGGAAGAGCUUGAAAAGGUUGAUUGUGGUGGUCGCACAGCCCUCCACCAUGCUGUCCUGUGUGGAAGGAUACGGAUCGUCGAGGCAUUAGUUAGAAGUAAUCGUAGGUUGACGCAAAUACAAGAUAAGGAAGGAUGUCUUCCUUUCAAUUUAUCCACUCAGGAAGCUUCUAUGCAUAAGGAGAUUGCCUGGUUCCUGGCCAAAAAUACGACAUUUGAUGGGCCAACUCAUCCCGACAGCAGUCCCAACGCGAUUCAAUGCAUUGUAGGUCUCGCCUACGCUGGUCAUCUUGAUAUAAUCCUUUAUCUACUCGGGCAAUACCCUUCACUCAUUCUAAGGAAAGGCCCAGGCGAGACAGGAAAGUCUCUACUGGGCGUGUUGGCGAGGAUGCAGUCUCACUUUCUCAGCGGAACUAGGCUCAGUGUUUGGGAAGCAUUAAUAUACAAAUGUAUUCCCGUUGACAUGAACUACAAGCCAACAGAUGAAACUUCGACUAAUGUGCAAACGUCAACGAAUCUGGCGCUUCAAUGUCUUACAAGGUCACUUUGGAAUGCCGCCAACAUUGUAGUACCUUCAAUCAAGAGGAUUCACGAUGUGAAGUGGAGACACGAGGCAGCCGUGGAGUUGGUAAAAAUAGUUUGCAAUGCGCUCUCUGAAAGGAACCCUACCGAGAUCACCCAGUUUUUCCAAGAUAGGGACCUACUGGCUCAAGCUACAGUCAAGGGAAUCAGUGAACUCGUGAAGCUAUCCAUUCAAUAUUUCCCGGAGCUUAUUUGGAUUUCGCCUUAUGGUACUACGUUGAUGACACUUGCUGUGCAGUAUCGCCAAGAGAGGAUUCUCAGACUCUUUUUGAAGGAGAGCUCAACCAAUGGGUUGUCAUUAGUUCCAACGCCUACAGAGAUAGAAUCGGGGAAAAUGAUGCGCGCUGCAGCAAAGUGCAACCCUGAUAUCGAUGAUGUAACUAAUGUCUCCGGAGCAGCCUUUCAAAUGCAAAGAGAAAUCCAAUGGUUUAAGGCUGUGGAAAGUUGGGUUACCCCUGACAUGAGAACCGCCAGGUCAGGGCCUGAUAAUAAAACAUACUGGCAAAUGUUUGUGGAGAAACACCAAAAGUUGCUUGAGAAUGGACAGAAGUGGGUGAAGGAGACAGCAGAUAAAUGUAUGCUCGUCUCAACUCUAAUUGCCACAGUAUUGUUCGCUGCUGUUUUCACCGUUCCUGGAACCAAUAUUGAUAGUAAUGAUUUCCCAUUAAAGGGCUCUGUUCUGGUGUUUGCAAUUUCGGAUGGGUUAGGUUUGCUCUGCUCCAUGACAGCAAUCUUGCUAUUCCUAGCCAUCUUAACUUCACGGGAUGAACCGCUAGAUUUUUUUGACUCGUUGCCUAAGAAGAUCAUAAUGGGCCUUUCUUCUCUCUUCCUCUCCUUGGCUUUCAUGCUGGUGGCCUUUGCUGCAGCUCUCAGAUUUGUGCUGGAUAAGACAUUGGAGUGGGUUGUCAUUCCCAUUGCUUUGCUGACGUCUCUUCCCGUGGCUUUAUUCAUAGUACUUCAGCUUCCCCUGCUAUUCCAAAUGGUUAGAUCCACUUAUGGACCUAGCAUCUUUCGUGCAGAGGGCAUACGGAAGUGAGGCUUAAUUAAUGGACGAGAUCAUGUGAUUUACGAAUUUUAUUUAAGGGUAUAGAUCUUCGUUAUAGUUGGUUGUAGCUGGGCAAAUGUGAUACUUAAUGUAUUUCCUCAAAAGCGC